UAACCGCCGAGGCCAAUGCCAAUCAAUACCACAACGUUCCUUCUGUCGAUCUUCAGGAGAAUUUGUCCUUCCAAAGUUUGUGUACAAUGGCGUGGAGCUACCCUUCACGACGUGCUUGAAGAGGAACAUAUCAGCUACAAGCGACCCCUUUUCGUAUAUGAUGUUCACCGCAAUGCUCACCAUACCGCCGGAAAACUCAGAGAUGUUCGAUUUAGGAUUUUUUCUCGACUUUGACAGAAACUUCCACGCAAGCAUGGGUGGCACCUUCGAAGGCAUGGUACCAGCUAUGGACCCACUGUUUUACAUGAUUCAUAAUUUCGCAAACAAGAUGCUGGUGAAUUUCCAGAUGCAAGGGCCGCAGCAUCUAAUCGGUGGAGGGCUCUGGAACAACACAGUAUCUGUGACAACUUUCCAAUGGUUUCAGAACAAGGAUUUUCUUGAUGCCACAAGCUUUCCGAAUGAUGUAUGCAUUCACUGGGAUGCAGUCGCCGAUCAGGAGAAGCUGAUUCAGAUGGGCUACUACGCAGGGCUAGAAACACCACGUACCCACCACAUAGCACUGUCGUACAAGGAGGUUAGGGAUAUGGACAUGGACAGCAAGGCUGCAGCGAACUAUGUCCAGUUCAUAAAGUCCGUCAGGGACACCUUUCUGUCAGCGUUUACCAAUGAUGAGAAUGGCUUCCAUCUGACCAAGGACUGGUACAAGCUGUUUAUGGCUGGCUUCGGAAACAGGAAAUUCCAGGUGCAGCCCGCAUGUUCGCAGUACUUUGAUCUGGAUCCGGAAUUCGAGAAAACCACCGUGUCACCUGGUGUAGCUGAGCUCAUUCCAUAACAGCCUUGUGGUUUUUUUUUUCAAUGUCUCAGCUGUUUGGCCGUUUCAUCUAUUCCAUGGGAAGCUCUGUACAAUUUAUUGAUCAUUGAAUGGUGGUGACAUGACAUUGUGUUUAUUUGUGCAUCAAAAAAAUUAACCAUGGCAGAUUGUGUUGGUUUCAGAAUACACAUCCUUGCCGUUUUCGUUUUGCGCAUCUAUUUUCCGUGGGUAGUGAUUUUGGUCCCGAGUCUGCGGGCUGAUGUGACUUCUACCAAAAUACCUCAAAUGCUAUUGAAAAAUGAUCACAUUUCCAGAUUACGUAUUUUUGGUUCACAGGUGGGGUUUUCUGCCUCAGCAAAUUCAAUUCGAUAUUUGCAGUGUAC